AUGAGUAUUUUAUUCAUAACGUUAGAUAUGGCGACACAUAUCGUCACUUUGUGGAUUCCAUUGGUCUUAACACUGUCCACGAUAUUUGAAAUAAAUAUCAUAUACAAAAGAACGAUAAAGGGUUAUUAUGAGACUCAAGAAUUCAGAUACCAAGGCGAGAAGGUUAUAGAUACCGAAGAAGAAUUGGCAAAAUUUCAUAAAGGAAUGCAUAGGGUAUUACAAAAAAAUAUAUCGUUACAUAGGUUUGGGUUGAAAAGAUUACAUUUAUGUGAGUUUUGGUGUAUUUAUUGGAUGUUGACAUUCGCAAUAAACGAGGAAAUAGCACCAUUCGUGCAGCAUAUUGGUAUACCGAAAGUUAUCAUUAAGGUACUUAAAUUUUUGGCCCCAUUUGCGUUGUAUGUUUACGUCCAUGAAAGACCAAGUCACAAAAAUUCCGAGCCUGAGAGGCCCUGGAGCUUCCCAAAAUUGCUUGCGGAGUUAUACAAAUUUGGAAUAAUACCGGUAAUAAAAUCCGUAUCCAACAUUAUGAUGUCAACAAUAACCGAGGAAAAAGUGCACACUACGAUUAAGCAUGUAAACGGUACUAUCGCUGCAUCUGAUUUCAAUAUGUUUGAAACAGAAAGUAAACCCAUAUUCUACUUCCAAUCUUAUUCCGAGAACAGUAAACAGCCAACGACUAUAUCGAUUGCAAAUAUGAUUGUAGAGCCGGAUUCUGUAAUCGCUUCGAGCAGAAGUUCAUUGGUAUCGCACAUUUCACCAGUCGAAACUUUGUACAGAGAAAAUUCAACUGAAAAGCCAAGAUUGAAAACCGACUCUAGGCGUAAAAUAGUAAUGCGGUUGAACGACCUUUUCCGCCAUAAGAAUUGA